AUGCCUGCUGUCAGCGACAAGCGUCUUACCCUCAACAACGGCACGUCCAUCCCCGCGGUUGGUGUUGGAUGUUGGAUGGGCGCGUGCGGCGAGGGCGAGCAUGUAACGAAUAUGGUCAAGCUCGCGCUCGACCUCGGCUAUCGUCACAUCGACACGGCUGAGAACUACGGUAAUGAACAAUCCGUAGGGAAGGCUCUCAGAGAGUCCGGUGUGCCUCGCCACGACGUAUUCUUGACCACAAAGCUCGACCAGAGUGACCAUGGCCGUGUCGAACAGGCUUUCGAAACCAGUCUGACGAAGCUCGGCGUUGAUCAUGUGGACUUGUACCUGAUGCACUGGCCCAUGGCAUACGGCGAGUCAGGUGAUACCCUGCAACCGGAGGAAAGCCCGACGUUUGUCGAGACAUGGCUGGAGAUGGAGCAACUCCUUGCGGACGGCAGAGCCAAAGCCAUCGGCGUGUCGAACUUCAACGUCAAGACCCUGACGAAGCUCCUUGCACAUGCGUCCGUCGUUCCCGCUGUGAAUCAGGUGGAACUUCAUCCGUGUCUUCCUCAGCAUGAGCUGCUCAAUUUCUGCAACGAGCGGGGUAUUCUUCUCACGGCGUAUUCUCCCAUCGGGAAGGCCAAGUUCGCGGACGACCCGGCCAUUACAGCCAUCGCGGCAGCGCACGGACCAGGGGUGACGGGCGCACGAAUAUUGCUGAGCUGGGGCGUCCAGCGCGGGACUGCUGUAAUCCCGAAGACGGUGCAUACGGAGCGUCUGAAGGAGAAUCUUCAGCUCGUGCACCUAAGCGCCGCCGAGAUGGAGACACUGGAUCGGUUUUAUCGAAGGCCCGGGUCACAUCGCAGCGUGUGCGGCUUCCACUCUGCCGAACUAGGAGGAUCGUGCUUCGGAUGGACGUACGAGCAGCUGGGUUGGGCGAUGGCCGAGGGCGGGAUUCACCUGUGA